AUGAAUGGUACUCCUCAUCCGCGCCCUUUGCUCCCCGCUCCCCUCACACCUCUCCUCAUGAUCCACAUCGUCGAUCUUAUAGCAGCCGGUUGCUCACCGAAUAACUUUGAGAUACUCUCUGUCCGUGGUUGUGAUCUGGAGCAUUCUCCUGGGCAGCCCGAAGACCACUUCAUCUUUGCCGCCGUCCCCCUUGUCUCGCAUGAUCACAUUUUUUCUCUCAGCGUGCAGUACGACAAGCGGGAUGGGUCUGGAGGCCGCCUCGGGUCUCCGGAGAAUCAUGACCCCAUCAGUGUCCGGUAUUUGACACGUAUACCUAGCAAUGCAUUACGGCUCAACUUGGGACUCGGCACACACUCGCGUAUCGAGUGCGACAUGCGGAUGAACACCGAUUCUUUUACUCCCCUUGACUCGUUUGGGCAUGAAACUUUAGUUCCAUCUACCCCGCUUGAAUCGUUGGAUGGAUUAGACGCGCUCACGAACCUGGAACCGCCGAUUCCCCGUAUCGCAACGUUCGCGCCUCUCUUGCAAUCGGCGAGUCUUCCGCCUAUCCCGCUCUCGUCAGUUUCCUAG